AUGACUGGCCUAAAGCUGGGCGAGGCACCGCUGUGUGCUGGGAAGAGGAAAAGGAGAAUAGUGUGGGCGAUGGGAGAAGCACCCGACUUGGGCCGGAAUGAGAAAUUGGAACUGAGAGGAAAGCACAGGCUGCCCUCAGAAUAUAUCCUGCAUUUCUCACAGCUGGAGCUUCCACCCAACAUCCACUCCUACACACAGACGCCCGUCAUCCUCUCCUACACACAGACGCCCGUCAUCCUCUCCUACACACAGACGCCCGUCAUCCACUCCUACACACAGACGCCCGUCAUCCACUCCUACACACAGACGCCCGUCAUCCACUCCUACACACAGACGCCCGUCAUCCUCUCCUACACACAGACGCCCACGCCCGUCAUCCUCUCCUACACACAGACGCCCGUCAUCCACUCCUACACACAGACGCCCGUCAUCCUCUCCUGCACACAGACGCCCGUCAUCCACUCCUGCACACAGACGCCCGUCAUCCACUCCUGCACACAGACGCCCGUCAUCCACUCCUGCACACAGACGCCCGUCAUCCACUCCUGCACACAGACGCCCGUCAUCCACUCCUGCACACAGACGCCCGUCAUCCACUCCUGCACACAGACGCCCGUCAUCCACUCCUGCACACAGACGCCCGCCAUCCUCUCCUACACACAGACGCCCGUCAUCCUCUCCUACACACAGACGCCCGCCAUCCUCUCCUACACACAGACGCCCGCCAUCCACUCCUACACACAGACGCCCGUCAUCCACUCCUACACACAGACGGGUGUGUUUUCAACCCCAGAUAUCGAUCCUUUUGACUCCUCCUUAAAGCAGAGCAAUGAUGUCAUCACCCUCCUCAUCCUCAGCACUGAUGAAGGUGGUAGAGUGGGCCAGGCUGGAGGAUGGGGAGGGGAGCACCAUGGCAGAGUGGAGGAAGUCAGCCUCUCUGUCUCAUCAUCCAUUGAGAAAAAAGGCCAGCCAGAGGAGGAGGGAUAUGCUGCAGUGUGUGAUGACUUGAUGAGGACCUUCAAACAAAAGCAAAGUCAAAUCCAAAUGGUUAAUGAGGAAAUAAUGCAUGAUAAAGGAGCAGGAAAGAAACCUUUGGAAGAUCUUAAAGAGCCUGCACUGCUAUUCCCAGAGUCUGAUCUAUUCAAAAACUGGGGAAAAAAUCUGACACAUGAUGAACAGCGGGAUGCACAAGCAGCCUUUGAACAAUACGGAUAUAAUGUCUACCUUAGUGACAGACUACCAAUUGACCGAUUGCUACCAGACACCCGUGAUCAAAGGUGUGCUACUAAGGUGUAUCCAGAGACGCUUCCCACUCUCAGUGUGGUUCUGAUCUACCUGGACGAGGCACUAUCUAUUAUAAAGAGAGCCGUAUGCAGCAUUAUUGAUAGAACACCUGCUCACCUGCUCAAGGAGAUCAUUCUGGUGGACGACCACAGUACUAAUGAGAAGCUGAAGGAAGGCAUAGAUGCCUAUAUUGAGAGCAUGCAGCAGCAGAAGCCUCACCUGAAAAUGCUCAUAGUGAAGCACCAUCAGCAGCUGGGUCUGGCCCAGGCUCGGCUCUCCGGCUGGAGAGCCGCUACUGCUGAAGUGGUGGCCAUUCUGGAUGCCCACAUUGAGGUUAAUGUGAUGUGGGCAGAGCCUCUAUUGGCUCGGAUCAAGCAAGACAGGACAGUCGUGGUCUCUCCUGUGUUUGACAGAGUCAAUUAUUAUGACCUUAAUGUUGUUCAGUACAACCCUGCUGCGCAUGCCUUUGAUUGGGCCAUGUGGUGUAUGUAUGAGUCCUUCCAACCUGGGUGGUACAGCCUCCAUGAUGGAUCCCUUCCUGGGAAGUCUCCUGCUGUUAUGGGGAUUCUGGUUGCAGACAGAGUUUUUCUGGGUGAGAUCGGCGGCCUAGAUGGAGGAAUGAAGGUGUAUGGUGGUGAAAAUAUAGAGCUCGGUAUCCGGGUGUGGACUUGUGGAGGCAGCAUUGAGAUUGUCCCAUGUUCCAAGAUUGCACACAUAGAGCGCUCUCACAAGCCCUAUGCACGAGACCUGAGCAAAUUCAUGAUGAGGAACGCACUGAGAGUGGCUGAGAUCUGGAUGGAUGAAUACAAGUAUCAUGUAAACAUAGCCUGGGGCCUCCCUCCCAAAGAUCAUGGAAUUGAUAUUGGGGACAUAUCAGAAAGAAAGAGUCUUCGGGAAAAACUCAAUUGUAAGCCCUUCAGCUGGUAUGUGGAGAAUGUAUAUCCUGCACUAGCCACAUGGAAAGAUGUGGUUGCCUACGGCGGAAUAAUAAAUUUAGAUGCACAGAAGUGUAUGGAUCAGGGUCCUACACCAGGUCACAUUCCCAUAGCCUAUAACUGCCACUAUUAUCAUCCUCAGCAUACAUAUUAUAGACAGAAUGGUGAGUUUUAUGUUGGUGGGAUAAAGUCCCACAAAUACAAUGACAACAGGUGUCUGGCAGAUCCUGGAACAGGCAACCUCCCUGCUCUGUAUCCAUGCAAAGAAGCCAUCAAGAAGAGUAUGGGCAUUCACUGGAAUUUCACACAGGGUGGUGAACUACGCACCCAGAAGACAAAGAGAUGUGUUGAAAUAAAAGAUAAUCAACUUGUUAUACAGGACUGUACUGGUCAAAGAUGGAGGAUGCUAUACGUAGUCAGAAAUUUCUGA